GCCAUCACAUUAAAUAAGAUUGAAUCAGCUGUGAAGAAAUUUCUUGUCCAGAUUGGAAUUGUUUAUUUUAUUCAUAAUUUUAAGUCGCAACGCCCACAAUGUCCACUUACUAUUUUGUAAUUGUGGGCCACAAUGACAAUCCCAUAUAUGAGAAGGAGUUCAGCACCGUAAACAAAGAACUGCGUAAGGAGGAUCAGAGGCAUCUCAGCCAGUUUAUAGCCCAUGCAGCGCUAGAUCUGGUGGAUGAGCACAAGUGGAAGACGGCAAAUAUGCAGUUAAAGUCAAUAGAUCGAUUUAAUCAAUGGUUUGUGUCCGCCUUCAUCACCGCAUCCCAGAUACGCUUCAUUAUUGUCCACGACAACAAAAACGACGAGGGAAUCAAAAAUUUCUUUAAUGAAAUGUACGAUACGUACAUUAAGCAUUCCAUGAACGCAUUCUACAAGAUUAAUACUCUGAUUAAGUCUCCAAUGUUUGAGAAGAAAUGCGAAAUUUUUGGUCGCAAAUAUUUGUUAUCGUAGUUUUGUUUUGUAGAUAAUAGAACAUAAAUAGAAAUGUAAA